AUGUCACUGAGCAUGCAGGAUUCCGGAAGAGAGUGCUGGGAAAACUCUCCGCGUAUGGGCCUGCGCGAGCACUACUCGCGCGAGCAUCCCGCUCCAAGAUCUGUCGAGCGAGAAGCUGAACGCACCUCCGAUAGGCGCGAGAACCGCCCCGUCGAGGGCAUGAACUACACCGAGGCGCAAGCACUCUUGAAUGACAGCGAGUUUGGUCGUGUCGACCCAACCGGCUGGUACCCGCACUACAAGAACUGUGUGCAGUAUUUCAUUGAAUAUGGCCAGCACAACCAGACCGUGCAAUCAGUAGCUGCCUUUGUCAACAUUCGUCUUCCAUGCCAACGUCCUCACGAGUCUGCUGCGCUAGUCCAGUCUGCUCCUGCACCAUUCGUUUCUCUGCGGCCCUAUGUCCGUCGUCUCAUCGUCACGGCGCAGGACUCGGCGCUCAUCAUGCGCGCAUUUUUCGGCGACGACUGGGCCGCCGGCGUGGGCUGCAUCUACAAGCAAGAGCGUGCCAACUAUCUCUUCACCGCCAAGAGCAGCGGCUGGGGUGCGACUAAGACAGCUUACGAUAUCCUGCCCGACGAGCAGGUACCAUUCCUUCGACCCCUGCGUGAGCCCACUGAGGAGGAGCUCCGGGCGGCCGAAGCGCGAUGGAGUGAAUGGCUGGCUAUGGAGGAUUGGAUGGUGGGGGUCCGGAGUCCCUGGUAG